CACCGGAGCCGGGGUCUUUUUUAUCACCAGAGCCCGAGUUCUUUUUUAUCUCCGGAGCCCGAGCCGCUCUCCCCUGGCCCGCGGACCCUGAUCGGGCAGCGCCGCCCAGUAUCUGACAUUGCUGAGGGUGGGAAACCCUCACCACUCCUUUCCAUCUUUCUCAGACGGCUUUGCCCAGCCUGCCCCAGGGAUGGAGUCCCUCCCUGAAGCAGUCCUGAUCCGAAUCCUGGCUUCCAUACCUGCAGUGGAUCUGGUGCUGGUGUGCCGCCUGGUCUGCUGCCAGUGGAAAAACCUGGUUGAUGGAGCUGAGCUUUGGAUCCUGAAGUGUCAGCAGGAAGGCAUCACCAGAGAUGAGUCAGAUGCAGAGAACUGGCAAAACUUCUACUUCCUGAGUAAGAAAAGGAAGAAUCUCAUCAAGAACCCAUGUGGUGAAGAAGACUUGGAGCACUGGGGAGAGGUAGAGAAUGGAGGUGAUGGCUGGAAAAUUGAAGAGCUCCCAGGGGACUUUGGAAAAGAAUUUCCUAGUGAAGAAGUCCAUAAAUACUUUGUUACAUCUUAUGAGUGGUGUCGAAAGGCUCAGGUCAUUGACCUGAGGGCUGAGGGCUACUGGGAAGAGCUGAUGGACACAACCCAGCCUAAAAUCAUGGUAAGAGACUGGUAUGCAGGACGCAGGGAUGCUGGCUGCCUCUAUGAGCUGUGUGUGAAGCUGCUCUCUGAGAAUGAGGAUGUGCUGGCUGAGUACAAAAGUGAGACUGUCACCAUCCCACAGGAAAAUGAUGGCAGCUGGAGUGAGAUCUCCCACACCUUUUCCAGCUAUGGGCCUGGGGUCCGUUUUGUCCGCUUUGAGCACGGUGGCCAGGACACGCUGUUCUGGAAGGGCUGGUACGGUGUCCGUGUCACCAACAGCAGUGUGACAGUGGAGCCAUAGCUGUGCCUUAGCAGGAUCUGCAUGCUGACUUCAAGCCUCAGGGCAUCCCUUAGCCUUUGGAUGGUUUCUGCAUGGUGCUGCUUCUGGCUAUAAGGCCUUUCUGCAUAGGAACAUGCGUGCAAGAUGCCAGGAGCCACCACCCAUCCUUCCUCAAGAGGACUAUGCAAAGAAUGUGAAUGAAUUUGUGAAUGCACCACAAGACUCGGGCUCAGCCCUUGCACUGAUGUUCUCCAUCAGACAGGAGAUCAACUAAAAAUCCUGCAGACCUCCUCUCUUAAGUCUCUAGUGCCCAGCACCCAGCCUGAGUCAGAUCUCUCUCCUGCCCACUUCCAGACUUGGGCACCCCUUAACUUGAAGGGAUACUUUAUUUUCUGAAAGUUAGUGUGGAAAGAAAAGAAUAAAGGAAACCACAGAUCAAAACAUAGCAGGGAAACCCAGAGCCUGUCCCCAACUGUUUCCAUGACCUGCAGUGAGAACCUUGCCUUCUCCCAUUUAUAAAUGGGUAACAUUGUUGAGCACAGAUGGCCUCUAGCUUGGCUGUCAGUGCUAUUAGUUUAAUUUUUAGUGAUAAUGCAAAGCAAGAGAUACUGAAUCCUUUUCUCUUACACUGUUCCCAGCAUGCAUUUAUCAAGGAAAGUGUUGGGAAGAGAAACCUGUCUGGUGUCCAACCCUGGGGCUUCAGAGAGCUCCCUCAGAUAGAUGGCAAUAGAGAAUAAUUGUUAAGGGAGAGAGAUGACAACAACUUAGGGGAACAGGUUAGAAAAAAUUGGGGAUAGGGUCCAGGAACAAAUGAAAGCAAACUCAUUUACCCCUUCCUGGCCUCUGCAUGCUUCAUGCAACAAGCCUCCUGUCAUCCAGUGUGACUCUGCUAGCAGGACACAGAAAGCUGUUGGCUUUUCCACCUCUGCUGACUGUCUGCAAGCAGAACAUGUCUGCCUCGUGCUUGCUGACAGGACAGCACUUCAUCUCCCACUUGUGCUUCUUGAUAUCACUCAGGGCUGUGAGCCCCAUCCUGAACAGACCCCUGAGUUUUCCUGAACCAAGAUUGUCCCUGCUAGUUAUUCCACUCAGAAGAGCAUCUCCUAACAGAGCUGGUGUUGCCUAGGUAGUGUAUUUAUAUUUUUAUAUCCAUCUGUCUUCCAUCCUGGGCUGCCAUUUAAGUGCCCCCCUUCAUGUGCAGUGACUGCUCCUGCCUGCAGCCAAGGGAAAGAGCUUCCCACCUGGACACUGUGCCUGCUGCUUCCUCAGGCUUCCUGCCCAGCUGAGCCAGGUGCCACACACACCCCAGAGUCCAGGCAAACAUAAUAAAGUGACACGAUUGUGUGUGGAUUUCCUCUUGUGUGCUGGGUAUUUGUCCCCUGUGCUGAUUGUGUGGAGCAUGUCAGGCAGUUCUCUCUGAAAGCAGGAGUUGUUUAUCAUGUGUAAUGCCAUGGGUGUACCCCUGGAAGAGGUUCAUGCUCUGCUCCCCAGCACCCUGGACCUGUGGGAAGCACCUGAUGUGCAAUGGGUCUGCAGUGUAACAGCAAGCAGAAGUGCAUUUCAAACAUAGUGGGAAUUCUUUCAAGGCACAGAGAAGGUAGAGGGAGGAUUCUACAGAGUCCAGCCCUGCUGCACACCCUCCAGGUCACUUGUCACUAGCUCUGCUGUGAGUUCAAGCUUAGUUGUGACCCAGGAGGCACCAGAAUCAGUUCAGAAUUUAAUUAUUUUCCUUGCCUUACCCCUGCACACGCUGUCAUGCAGGGCUGCUUUACCCACCCUUAGUCUUUAAUGCAGCUGUUAGUUAAUAUUCAGCUCACUGCCAGCUCCCUGCCCCACAGAAGAAACAAUCCCUCCAUUUGUUCCUAAGGAAUCAGUAAAGUGAGAGGAUCAAUAUUUCACACCUCAGUGCAACUGUUUAAGUCUCCAUCUUACAGUCAGGAUAAACCUCAGGAUUAAUAUGAUAUUGUGGCCCUUGUACAUAGGAGGUGGGACCAUGGUCCCCACUUGGGCUUUAUCUGGGCUGAAGCACUAAACACACACAGCAGCUCUGGUACAGUGAAUGCAGCUGCUCUCUUUAUGCCUGCACCCCACAAGUUCACAGGGCUGUCAGGCAACCUGCAAAGCUUGUCCUGACCUUCCCACUCCCCUCCAAGAGGUGUUUUCCCAGACACUCGGUGCCUGCAGCCUCGUU